AUGAGCGAACACGGACACCACGAACGAGGCCGAGACGCUGCCAAAGUUCCUACGGGCAGGGGAGGAGCUGGGAACAUGAUUAGAUCCCCUUCUCGAGGACGACCGGCCCCAGAGGCAGGCGAGGUGGCCGCUCAGAAGGCCUACGCUGAGAAGCAUCACACCCUCUUGUCUGGACGAGGAGGCGCUGGUAACCAGCGAAGCCCGAGCAGAGACCCCUUGGACCGAGCUCGAGCCAGGGAGGCCGAGAAGCACGAGAAGGAGCUCCGAGCAGCUGCUAUCCAGCACGACGAACACAACCCCCACGGAACCGGUCGUGGUGGUGCCGGCAACGUCACCAGGGAGCAUUCUGCUGAUGCUCGAGGACGAGAGAACGGCGGGGUAGGAGCAGCGCUUCGCAGUCUCUCCCGAUCACGCUCUCGUGACGCUCGCAACUCGCCUAGACACACCGAUGCUACUGCAGAGCCUAGUCUGGCGUCUGUCGACGAGACAGCCAGCUCCCACACUGAAAGCACGCAACACGAUCAUAAGCAAGGCGUCUUUGGCAAGCUUGCCUCGCACUUGCCUGGUCACCACCAGAAAUGAUGUUUUGAGUAGAAGAAGGGCCUUCUCUUUGAUAUAAGAGAGGCCUCUGGCCGAUUGCCGAUUCCAGCCUCUUGCAAGUCGCAAGCAAGGUUCCCGAUGUAGAGUGCCCCGGCGUAUGCGACCAUUGGUCUUGUUUCGAGUAUCCAUUAUUGUUUUUUUCCGAAGAGGGCACGGUCAGAGGAAGGGGUUGAAGUGAGCAUCAAUAUCUGUCGAGUGCCCUAUGAUACCUCCUUCAAUUUCAUAGUGGAGACCCAG